AUGGAGCUCACCGACGACUUUCUCAAAUUGGACCGGAGAGGUGGGCUAGGUCAAAGUGUCCAGUACAGCGCUAUGGAUUUUUUUACCUCUAAUGCAGCAGAAUGUUUGAACUCUCAGUUGUGGUGGGCUAAGCGUUUACCAGUGUGCUCUUUACUUGAAUCAUUUCGCACACUUUUGGAGGAUUGGUUUGACGAGCGACGUACAGCGGCUGAAUCCAGAGAUCAUGUGUUGACGGUGUCUACUUUCAACAAGCUAUCUAAUUCUGUGCAAGCAAGUCUCCCUCUUACUGUUCGAGCCACCACCGGACUUGUAUAUAAAGUUGAAGAAGAUAAUCAACAAUAUCAAGUCGAUCUUCAGAAUUGGACUUGUGACUGUCGAGAGUUUGAUGAGGAUAAAAUUCCAUGCAAGCAAGCGGUCGCCGUUACAAGGUGGGCGGGCAAUGGUUUGUCUGUGUACGAUUUUGACACAAAUAUUUCAAACAAUAUGAGUUGA